AUGGCGGCGCGUGGGCAAUCCGUGAAUCUCGGGCCAUGGCCUACGAAAGAUAUCAUCUAUGUCUCUAUUCUUGGACCCCUGCUGAUUGCCGCUUUAUUGGAAUGGAUAUUAUUCCUUGCCGCCUUCAUAUACUGUCUGGUUAAAGUCUAUAGAAAAGCAGAUCACUGGAGCAUCAGAGUCCUAGCGAUCGUUAUGAUUGUACUUUUCACCUUACUCAGGGGGGUAUUCUUUCCAAUAACUCGCUACUUUUCGAUGAAAUUGACUUCGAUUCUCCAAUGGUUUGCAUUUUGGACAUUCUCGGUCCUUCUAGUGAUACCAUGGCUAUUUUGCGUCAGUCGACUCAUCACAAAUUCUGUGGGAAGAACCAAACGCGUCAAACAAGCAUUGGAUGACCGGACUGCGCCUAAGACGCCUCAUGUGCUCAUCAAGGCAAUUGACUCAGUCGUCUGCAGUGAUUAUCCUGCAUACUGUAUUCAUGUAUUCCUCUCAUACGAUGGAGGCAAUGUCGAUGAGCCUUACCUUCAGGUUAUUCAACAUCUCGGUAUUCCAAUUUCUUUAGAGACAUACCCACAGAGCAUUGAUGUGACAUACAAAGGCGCAAGAAUAACAGUAUCGCGCUUCAAGCAUGGCGGUAAACGGCAUUGCCAGAAGCAAACUUUCAGACUCAUCGACAAAGUAUACUCGGAGUAUCUCAAGCGUCAUAAUGACCUCUUCCUUCUAUUCAUCGACUCCGACUGUAUUCUCGACCAGUUAUGUUUGCAAAACUUCAUGUACGACAUGGAAUUGAAACCAGGGAGCAAGCACAACAUGCUAGCAAUGACUGGCAUUAUAACAUCGACCACAGAGAAGAACUCUCUCAUCACAGUCUUGCAGGAUAUGGAAUACGUGCACGGGCAGCUUUUUGAACGUUCGGUCGAGUCUGGAUGUGGUGCUGUGACCUGUCUACCAGGAGCACUGACAAUGCUGCGAUUCUCGGCUUUCCGCAAGAUGGCCAAAUAUUACUUUGCGGACAAAGCGGAGCAGUGCGAGGACCUCUUUGAUUAUGGGAAGUGUCACCUUGGCGAAGACCGAUGGUUGACACAUCUUUUUAUGAUAGGCGCAGCUGAGCGUUAUCAGAUUCAGAUGUGCACCGGUGCAUUCUGCAAGACGGAGGCCGUUCAGACUUUUGGUAGCCUUUUGAAGCAACGACGUCGGUGGUUUCUUGGAUUCAUCACUAACGAGGUGUGCAUGUUGACUGAUGCCAGACUCUGGAGGCGUUAUCCGCUCGUGUGUUUGGUGCGCUUCAUGCAAAAUACCAUUCGAACCACCGCUUUGCUGUUUCUGAUCUUGGUUGUUUCGCUCAUCACCACUUCCAGCAAGAUCGAAAACCUUCCCGUGGGCUUCAUUGCGAUCUCGCUAGGCCUUAACUACCUGCUGAUGCUGUACUUUGGAUUGAAACUCAAGCGGUUCAAAGCUUGGCUCUAUCCGCUGAUGUUCAUUGUGAAUCCUUUCUUCAAUUGGCUUUACAUGGUGUAUGGCAUAUUCACCGCCGGUCAGCGCACAUGGGGAGGCCCCCGAGCCGAUGCAGCAAAAGCCGACGAGUACACAUCACCGGAGGAAGCAGUAGAAAAGGCUAGGGAGCAAGGUGAUGAGCUCAACGUCAUAGUUGAUACGUUUCGAACGAAGAUUGACGAACGGGGCGUCCCCGUCCGCCCAAGCAUGAAGAUCCACGGACGCUUGUCGGGUGCACCGCCGCUUCCUGACGAUUACCGUUACCUCCACAAACCAGAAGACCUCGAGUCCGCGAUGGUCAAGUAUAUGAACCCCCUUCCAGGAGUGCCGCGGAUAGGGCUGCACCCGUCCUACUCAUUAGAGUCGGUGGCAACGACAGAUUCUGGCACCAAUUCAAUCUGUCUCCCGUUGCCCGUGGAGAGCCUAGUCAAAGGGCAAGAGCACGCCAAGCACCAUCACAAUGGUGGUACACUAGGGCAUCACUAUGGUUCCGGCCCAGCCAGCGCGGGGCUGCGGUGA